AUGGAGCCACAAACACAGGCUAUGUCAGAGAAGGACAAAACCGACGGCCUAGCUGUCAAUCUCACCUCAAUUCCCAAUGGCGCCUCAACCCCGAUCACAGACACUCCGCCCUCCCUGGCCCUCAGCCUGGUAACAUGGGAUGGGCCCAACGAUCCUGAAAAUCCUCAAAAUUGGCGUCGAUCCACGAAGCUAGUCCGAUCAGCAGCUCCGCUAGCCGUGAUCUUCUCUAUAUCCAUCGCGUCAAGCAUCUUCGGUGCCGCAUCCAGCUUAACAGCGCAAGAAUAUGACGUCUCGCAAGAAGUAAUGAGUCUCGGCGUAGCCCUUUUCGUCGCAGGCUUCGCCGUCGGCCCCCUCGUGUUCGCACCCAUGGCCGAGGUGGUCGGUAACGCACCCCCAAUGGCCGUUGCCCUAGCAGGCUGCGCGAUUUUCCAAAUCCCACUUGCCUUAGCAACCAACGUGGCGACCAUUCUCCUGAGUCGUUUCCUCGCAGGCAUGUUCGGCGCCGGCGGAUUAGCCGUCGGCUCAGGCAUCUUGGCCGAUAUCUUCGGCCCUAUCACCCGUGGGGUCGCGGUGGGAACUUCUGCCACGGUCAUGAACCUGGGUAGUAUUAUCGGGCCAGUCGUGGGCGCAUACAUCGUCGACGCAUAUGGCUGGCGCUGGACAGCCUGGGUAACUCUCAUCCUCUGCGCCGCUGUCGGUCUAGCCUGUACUGUGACUCUGCGCGAGUCCUCGCAUAAUCGCAUCCUCAUGAACCGCGCAGCACGACUGCGUCGAGAAACUGGAAACCAAAGUCUCCGUGCACAGGCCGAGAUGGCUUCGUUGGACCCGAAAAUCCUGCUGAGGAAGUAUACGACGAAACCAGUUCGCAUGUUUGUUCGAGAACCGAUUCUGAUUGUCAUGACUAUUUACCUGACACUGGUGUACGGUUCGCUGUACCUCUCAUAUCAGCUGUUCCCGCGUGCAUUCCGUGCUCGGGGCUGGAGUAAGCCCACAGCGACCCUUCCGUUUCUUGCUGUUGGUCUAGGUGUAAUCACGGCGUUGGCCUUGUUCUCGACGUUCACCAUGACCUGGUACAAGAAGCGUUGGGAGGCUGCACAGAAAGAGCCAAAGGGGGAGUCGACACCUGCUCGCAUUGCGCCGGAAAAAAGACUGCCACCAAUGGUUUUCGGUGCGGUUUUGCUGCCGCCAGCUCUGCUGUGGUUUGGGUGGUCGGGAGACACGCAUUGGAUUGCGCAAGUGAUCGCUUGCUAUGCCAUUGGUGUUGCGCUACAGACCAUCUUCAUCUGCGGCAUUGUGUAUAUUGUCGAUGUGUAUUUGCUCAAUACUGUGUCAGCGAUAUCCAUCCAUGUCAUGGUUCGGAGCGUUGUCUCGGCGACCUUCCCAUUGUUCGAAGGUCCCAUGUACAGGACCCUUGGUAUAAACUGGUCGGCUACUUUGCUAGCCGGCCUGUCCAUACUGAUCAUGGCGUCUCCCAUUCUCUUCCUCAUCUACGGCUCCCGAAUUCGAAGCUGGAGCCGUUUCUCCGUUGGUGGUGUCUAA